AUUACCUCCCCUGAUUUGCUGACAGAUGUGAAGAAACAUGUCUCCUAUGAAGUGUCAUUAUGAGGUUCUUGGAGUUCAAAGAGAUGCCUCUGCAGAUGAUCUCAAAAAGGCGUAUAGAAAAUUAGCACUGAAAUGGCAUCCAGAUAAGAAUCCUGAUAACAUAGACGAGUGUACACAACAGUUCCGCUUGGUCCAGCAGGCAUAUGAGGUGUUAGGAGAUCCCCAGGAGAGGGCAUGGUAUGACAAACAUAGAGAAGCCAUACUCAGGGGAGGACAUGGUCAUGGUGAUAAAUAUGAGGACAAUUGCCUAGAUGUGUUCCAGUAUUUCAACUCAUCUUGUUAUAAAGGCUUUGGAGAUGAUAAAGAGGGAUUUUAUGCAGUGUAUGAUGAGGUAUUUAAAACAUUGGCUGAAGAAGAUAGGCAGUUUGUGGAAGAGGAAGAUUUUGUAGUGUUCGACUUUGGGGAUUCUAAUUCUGUAUAUGAAGAGGUAGUGAAACCAUUUUACGAUUACUGGGAGAGUUAUUGCACAGCCAAGUCUUACGUAUGGGUGGAGAAGUAUGAUACAAGAGAAGCUCCAGAACGAAGGGUACGCAGACUGAUGGAGGCAGAAAACAAGAAACUCAGAGAUGCUGCAAAGAAAGAGAGAAAUGAAGAAAUCAGGGCAUUAGCAAAGUAUGUGAAAAAGAGAGAUAAAAGAGUGCAGGAAUAUAAGAAAAAGUUGGAAGAAAGAGCAGAAGAAAUAAAGCAGAAGGCAAAGGAGCACAGAGAGCGGCAUCUAGAAGAGGGAAGAAAGAAAAUGGAGAAUUACAAAGAAGCAGAAUGGUCAUCGGCAUCAGGUCUGGAAGACCAUUACAAGGAACUGGAGGCGAAAUAUGACCAACAGUUUGGAGAGGAGAAUGAAAGUAAUGGUGAUGAUGAAGAUGAACAGGAAGAAAUAUACUAUGAUGAUCUGUAUUGUGUAGCCUGUGAUAGAAUGUUUAAAAAUGAGAAAACUUACAAGAAUCAUGAAAAAUCUAAGAAACAUAAAGAGUUUGUCGCUAUUAUAAAAGCGCAUAUGGCUGAAGAAGAGGCGGGAUUGUCAGAAGAAGUGGACGGAGGCACAGACAGGUUGACAGCUGAAUUAUUAGAAGAGGGGGAGGAACUUGAGGAGAAUAAUGCCCCACAAAGGUUAUCAAAGAAGCAGAAAAAGAAAAGAAAACAACAGAAGAAUGCAGCAGAAGCUGACAAUGUUGACAUAAGUGAUAAUUUAGAAGAAACUAAAUGUGAUCUAAAUGUAGAAGAAAACACUAACAAAAACAGAUCGAAGAGAGAAAAGAGACGUGAGAAAAAGAACCGAUUUCUGUUAGACUCUGAUGAUGAAGAGGAGAUGACAGUUAAUGGGGAUAUGGAAACAGAAGUAACAAACAAUAUAGUUGACAAUGAUGAAACAAAAGUGUUGGAUUCUGAUACAGAAACAAGUGAACAGGCAAAAGACAGUGAACAUAUAGAAGGAGUGUGUGAUAGACUUACUGAAAUAGAUCUGUCUAGCCAGUGUGUUAAUUUACAAACUGAUAGUGCUGCCCCUGAAUUAGAGUCGGAAAACAUUCCUGCAGAACAAUUUGCUGAAAAACAAACUAAAAAGAAUAAGAAAGAAAACAAACCAGAUCCAAGUCAAAAGCCUGGCAGUUGCGGAAUAUGCCAUGAAGAGUUUCAAUCAAGAUCUAAACUGUUUCAACAUAUAAAAGAAACAGGACAUGCAAUGUUAAAAAAUGCACCGGAUUUAAAGGAGCAGUCAUCGCAAAAACAAGGAAAGAAAAAUAAGAAAAAGAAAGGAAAAUGAUGUGGUUGAUAGUUGAGAUACAUCAAUAUUUAUUUACAAAAAAAAGAAAACUGAAUUACUGUUUAACUGCAAAAGAUACUAGUGAUAGAAGUUUUGUUUGUACCAAAGUCAAUAGCCCGCCUGCUUACCUCAGUAGGGAGAGCGCAGAUCUAGGUAUCGCGGGGUCGUGAGUUUUAACCCUUGGCGAUUUGAUAAAAGACAUGAUGUCUGAAAUAGUUGUCCCCCACCUCUGAUUCAUGUGGGAAAGUUGGCAGUUACUUGCAGAGAAUAGGUUUGUACUGAUACAGAAUCCAGGAACACUGGUUAGGUUAACUGCCGUGACAUAACUGAAAUACUGUUGAAAAACAGCGUUAGACCCAAAACAAACAAACAAACAACCUUCAACAAAGGUGGUUUUGAGAUGUCAAAAAACAUUGAAAAUUAAAUGAGUCUUUCAUCUAAAAAAAUAAGGACUACUAUUUUUUCAGUUCAAAUUGACGUGCAUUUUCAAGUAUUUAUGCUACUUUAUUUUACAAGUAAGAAACUGAAAACUAAACGUAGUCUUGUUUAGUAGUAUAUUCAAAAUGGUAAUAUAUUCUUAACUCAAGAUAAAGUCAAAUAGAAGAUUUUCAAAUUCUUUGGAAAAAUAACACAUUUCAGCAUUGGAAUAAUUCCUUUUUAAAAGCUUAUUGGUGUAAUAAUAUAUGUAUUUGAGUACAAGGUGCAAAGGUGAAAUAAAAUGGUAAAAAAUU